AUGGGAUUCAGUACUGGACUCUUCGAUUGCUUUAAUGACUGUGGAAGCACCUUAGAUGUAUGGUGUUGCUUCUCAUGCAAUGUUAGCCGCCAGUAUAAUGCUGUUGCUGGGAUUCCUAAUGAAUGUUCAUUCUGCUAUUGUCUAGGAGUCUGUUUUUUCCCUGUGCCCGCCAUGUGUUGUUUACGCCAAAGAGUCUCCGAGAAAUAUUCCCUCGGAGAAGGCUGCGUGACGACGUGUUUGGCCUCCACAUGUUGUACUGUAUGUUCUGCGUGUCAGACCCAUCGUGAACUGACCUUUCACGGUGCAAACCCUGGUGGCUGUUGUUGUGAAACUUCUCUUAGGGGAGAGAGUCAAGUGUUGCACCACCAGAAUCGUUAUACCAUUGUGUAA